AUGUCAUUUUUUGUUGAAUUAUGGGAAUCUGUUUUCACGCCAGGUACUACGCCCGCAUUAAUUACAGCCACACAUGUCUCCUUCAUCUUGUUGAUAAUAUCGUUGUUGGUAUUAAUUUUUCUUACAAAAUCUAUACAUUUUAUUAAUUUAUUGGUCAUAGCGGUGUUAUUAUAUGCGUCAGUGUUUUGGUUUAUCAAUGAAUUGCAGCAAGUGAAAUUGAAAAGUAAUGACGAAUUGUCUAAAAAAGAACUGGAGAAUCACAGUAAAGCGGGGAAAUUGUCAGCAGAUGCCACUGAAUCCUCCAAAACCACAGCAACCCCGGAAGACAUUAAGCCUAAAAAGAGAAAGGUAUAA